UCUGAGCUCCAGCACAACAUCAGCCCGUGAGGCUCCUGUACUGAGUUGUUUCACAAUCUGACAGAGAUGACGGUGUCAAGGUUACCUACGGCAGCGCUUUCCUUAAAACAGUUUCUACAGCGGCAGAAGGUUUUGGGGAUUUACAGAAACAUGCUGAAGACCAUACGACAGGUACCGGAUGAGACAGAUAGGAAGUACCUGAGAGAUUGGGCCAGAGACGAGUUCAAAAGGAAUAAAAACGCCACAGAACAGGAUGCCAUCCGCAUGAUGAUCACACAAGCCAACAACCAUCUGGAGGAGCUGCAGAAGUCUCUGGCGUUGGCUAGAAGUUAACAAGCUGCUCGAGUCCCUGCUGCGGACUGAUCUAGACUAGUUCUCAAUGAAGGCCAUCAUGUGGUCUGUGUGGACUCUACGUGCUGAGGUAACCAUGGAAACAGAGGUUCCUCUCACUGUUGUGACGGGUCUUUGGCUGGGCUCCAGGAUGGAUGAUGGUGACCGGGAGGCAUCAUCCUGCGUAUUGUGUGGCACAGCGGUGAUGAUGGAGACGACUUGUGAGGCUCACUGAGCCCAUCUGCCACAUCAGUGUUGGUAUUGUGUAUAUAUGUUUAUAAUGUGUAUUAAAAUUAACUGAGAAACCA